AUGGCCUCCCCCUCGACCUCCCCCAUCACCCCGGACCUCAUCGAGGAGCUCAAGGCCCUCUUCCCAGCCAAAGACCAGGUCGUGACCCCGGACAGCCCCGGAUACGGCAAAGCGCUCCAGCGCUGGUCAGACCUUGCCUCGAAGCGCGCUGGCGCAAUCGUCUACGCCGAAACCGUCCAGGACGUCCAGCGCGCCAUCCUCUUCACCACAAAGCACACCCUCGACCUGGCCGUCAAGGCAGGCGGGCACACCCCAGACGGCGGGAACAGCACCGCCGGCCUAGUCCUGGACCUGACGCGCCUCAACACCGUGACGCUCGACCAGGGCUCCAAAACCCUAACUGCGGGCGGCGGCGCGCUGUGGAGGGACGUGCACGCCGCAACAGCGGGCACGCCCUUCGCGGUCGUGAGCAGCAGCGUCGGGACCACGGGCGUCGGCGGCGUCACGCUGCAAGGCGGAUUCGGCUACCUGAUUGGGAGCCACGGGCUUGUCAUCGACAAUUUGGUGAGUGUGCAGAUUGUCACGAGUGACGGGGUGGUGCGGAGCGCAAGCGAGGCCGAGAACGCAGAGCUGUUCUGGGCUGUGCGCGGGGCGGGGACGAACUUUGGCGUUGUGACGCAGUUUGUGUUUGUGGCGCACGAGCAGCGCAAGGACGUCGUUGCCGGCUCGCUUUUGUUCACGGCGGAUAAGCUCGAGGCCAUUCUUGAGGCGUUGGGCGGGGCGUUGUGGUGGGAUGACGGGCAGCUGGCGGCGCAGUGCGUGUGUCAUUUCCCCGAGGGGAGCGAGCAGGUCAUGCUGAGCGUGACGCUGUUCUGCAACGGGUCGGAGGAGGUGUGUCGGGAGCGGCUUGCGGGUGUGUUUGCGCUGGAGAGCGAGAGGAGCGAUGUGCGUGUGAUGGCGUACGAGGAGGCCAACGCGACGCUCGACUCGUUCAGCACGCCUGGCCGGCGCAAGAGACUGCUGGGGUUCGAGUUUGUGUCGCCGCUCAGGCCGCAGUUUGUGCAGGACUUGCUGGACGAGUUGCAGGCCAAGGUGGACGCGGAGCCGGAUCUGCGCCGGACGUACAUCGACAUUGAGUUCUGGGAUCUGCGCAAGGUGGCCAGGGUGCCGACAGAUGCAACCGCGUUUCCGAACCGCGUGAAUGUGCAGAAGGGGAGUAUCUCGUUGGACUAUGAGGAUGCGAGCAAGGACGAGGAGUAUCUUGAGUGGGCGACGAUGCUGCAGAGCAAGUUCCAGGAGGAGUUUCGACGGGCGGGCUUUGAGCCCAACAGGCUUGUCUCGAACUUUAUCUACUACCUGAAGCCGGCCGAUGCAGCGGAUAUGUUUGGAGGCAAUGGUGAGAGGCUGGCCCAGCUCAAGCGAAAGUAUGACCCGCAGGGAAUCUUCAACAAGCUGAACCCGAUUAGGAUAUAG